AAAAUGAUGGCCUCAGAGAGCGAGAGCAUCAACCUCCAAGGCUUGAAUCCCCAUCUCAGGAUUAAUGGUCCGAUGAACAUCAACCACUACGCAACGAAGAAGAGCGUGGCAGAGAGCAUGCUGGAUGUGGCGCUCUUCAUGGCCAACGUCACUCAGCUCAAAGCAGUGCUGGAGCAGGGGACCUCCUUUCAGUACUACAUCACCCUGAUCGUGCUCAUCAGCAUCUCUCUCUUCUUCCAGGUGCUCAUUGGGAUUCUCCUCAUCAUCACUGCUCGUCUGAAUCUGAACGAUGUCACAAAGCAACCCCGCCUGGAUGUCCUCAACAAUGCUGCCACAGCUCUGAUCUUCAUCACAGUCAUCCUCAACAUCUUCAUCACGGCCUUUGGAGUGCAGAAGACUGGCCUCUACCCUACAAGGAAUUAUAGGGGACCCUAUUAAGUGUUGGGACAAGAGAGUCAGGUAAGGAAAGAGGUAUGGGCAGAGCGACUGAUGCCGGA